CACCCCCAAUCCGAGCUAUAAUUUACGUUUCUCUCUGGAUACAGCCGGACUGUCCAGGUUAUCAUCUGGGGAUUGCGAAGAAAAGGUUCCUUGGUCUUCGUCGUGGUCCAAUUUGUUGAGCUACCUACCUAUCCAAUUCCCGAAUUCGGUUCCUGAACUUCCCAUUCGGACCCAAACAGCUCACGGAGCCCGUUUGUUCCUAGUUACGAUACAAGCAUCAACUCCCCUACUUGCCAACCAUGGCCAGCGCACAACCUCUGUACACCCACGGGGAUCUCCGUGACGAUGAAUCCAUUCUGGACGAUGACAUGAUCGAGUCCGACGAGGCUAUCGAAGCCGAUGAUCCUCUUCAUGAUACUACGGACCGCACCCCCCUCCGCGGCAACAUCCAAGGGGAAGCGUCCAGCAGCUCCCGCGGCGCCAACCUCGCGGGGAAUUACCUCACCUCAUCAAUCCCCGGCGAGGAUCGUCGCGCCACCCAGAGUACCAUCGAUGAGACCGUGUGGGAGACCCUCUCGCGGGACUUGCGAGCCGUGUGGGAGAAGAUGCGCCAGGUCCUGUGGCCCAAGUACCUGAUGGGAGGCAUGUUGCAGCGGGGCGGCGGCGGACUGGCGGCGGCGGAGCGCGGGGAAGCUACGGGGUUCGGCGGAGGUGUCCGCAAUCUGGUGGGCAGGUGGCCGGAUGCUGAUGUCGUGCUGCAGGGGGGUAUGAGUGAGGGGCUGCGGGACUGGGAUCUAUGGGGACCGCUGAUCUUCUGCCUGCUCCUGAGUAUGUUUCUGUCUAUGCGCGCCAAGGGAGAACAGUCGUCCUUGGUGUUCUCGGGGGUGUUUUCAAUUGUCUGGAUUGGUGAGGCUGUGGUGACAUUGCAGAUCAAAUUGCUGGGCGGGAAUAUCUCCUUCUUCCAGUCGGUCUGUAUUAUCGGAUACACCUUGUUCCCGCUGGUGAUUGCGGCUCUGCUCAGUGCGCUGGGUCUACCCACUAUUGCGCGCAUACCGGUCUACUUGGUACUGGUGGCGUGGUCGCUGGCGGCGGGCGUGAGUAUCCUAGGCGGCUCCGGGGUGGUGCGCAACCGGGUCGGAAUUGCAGUGUAUCCAUUGUUUGUGUUCUAUGUGGCCAUUGGGUGUCUCUGCUUUAUUAGCUGAAAAGCUUGAGUUAGGUGGUUGGGCGGUGGUGCUGAACAGGGAGGAACUAUAGCCAGGCAUAGAGAAAGAGGGGGCGGCGAAUUGUCUGGAUGUCUGAUCAUUUUCUAUUUGAUACAGACCAGUGGAACGGACUGUUCUGUGUUUCAGAGUAACAUUUUCUUAUGUGAC